AUGCAGGCGUCACUAUUACCCUUCGACGUUCUUCUUCAGAUUUUCUCCUACGGAUUCGAAACUCUGGUGCCAUAUGCGAGGGUGUGUCGCUCAUGGCAAAUCGCCGUUGAAGCGAUCACUUUCGCUGACAUCCAUCUCGAGUCCUCAAGCCUGAGGAACUUCGAUAAAAUAAUUCGGUCCUCGAACUUCGUACGGUGUGGACAUAUUAGGAGAAUCUACUUCCGAAUCAAACUCCCCAAAUACAGCAUCGAGGAUCGAGCACAGUAUGAGAAUGAAUUGGACCGCAGAUGCAACAACAACGUCUUCACGAAAGCGAUAUCGGCUCUCUUGCAAACCCUCAGCUCCUGGCCACAGCAAUUCAACAGUUCAGUUGCAUUGGAAAUUUAUGCGGUUUGUCCAAGUGAUUUCAAAGCAUGCCCAGACUGGGAUCUACGAACUGUGCGAAUUCAGACCUACCUCGCUUUUCCCGAGAAGGAUAUCCUAGACAAAAGGUUCGAAAGCUCAUACUUGAAGCUUGUGCAUAACAGACUAUCGAGCGCUGGAUGCAUCUAUUCGCUCAAGACACUGGAUCGUGAGGGCUUCAGACGCUUUGCACCUAGCGCCAUAUCCCAGAUAGUAUCCCAUCUGCCGCGGUUACAGAGUCUCGACCUUGCGCUCAAUGAUGACGAACCGAAUGAUGCUCAACGUGAUCUGUUGCGUGAUGGUUUCACGAUGACUAGUUGGCCCUCAAGCCUUCGAGAUUUGAAGCUUUCAUAUGAUGGACCGACCCCGAAAGUCAAUACGGACGAAGCUCUUCCGUAUCGGUCAAGUCCUGGUAAAGACUCACUAAGCCGUGAAUUGCAUGGCAUUUCACAUCAGCUGAAAAGCCUUACUCUUUACAACAUUAUGAUUGACCCUGAGUUGUUCUGGCCGACAGAUUCGACUUGGCCAAUCCUUGAAAGGUUCACUCUUUUUUAUCAACCAGCCAUGACCUCGGGCACGUGGUACUUUGACAACGACCCAGAUGACAAUUCCCAUCGAAAAACUGGACACGAAGGACGCUCGUCUCCGACUAUACUCCACAUUCAUCCCAAUGAACAUCUCCAAAGAUUAUACCUUUAUGCAGCACGUGCGGCUCAAUGCAUGCCUCGGCUCCGGUGGAUGGAGCUUGAGGCCGAGUUAGGAAGAGGUCGGGUCUAUUAUGGUGACGAGUUUAUCGAACACAGAUUCGAGUACAAUGCGUGGGCUGGGGAGGCUGUCUGGACGGGCACUUCCCAGUGGCAUUUGAAAGACGAGGUCCGAGAAGCCUGGCAUGCUGCAGCGCGGAGUCAUGGUCGUGACAAGGCCCUUAUCAAGUUGUUCCAUAGUAGCCCAUACUGGGAAUCCUGGAGUCUUCAAUAA